GUGGUCGGGUCGCCCAUAGACUUUUAUACAUUUGAGGCCAAAGAGUUCAAUGAGGUUGCCUUUAGACCCGUUUGGGUAGCACUUUAUUUUACAGUGACCAGAUAUUUACGCAUUUACAUAGAAAUUACAUAAUGUAAUUAUUUGUUUGUUUGUUUGGGAGUUUUAACAGAUGCACCAUUAGACACCAUUUGGAAGCAAGUAGUUCUUGCCCAGGGAUGCCACAGACUGAGAGUGAGAGGUUGAAGAGUGGGCGGCUGAACAGUGGGAGACAGCAGCAGCAGCAGCGAGAUCGGCAGGGUGAACAGGCAGAGGAGCCAGACACACGCACCAAGCCAAAUGAUUCUGUCUCACCUCGGCUCUAUGCUCGUACCUCUGUUACUCAGAUGGGCUUCCCAUUGAUGAUUAGACCUGGAGGUCCACUUAUGGCCUCAUCUCAGCUCCAAAGCAUCCUGUUACAGCAGUGUUCCAGUGAGGAGGAGGGGAGACCGUUCCUGCAGCGGGUGUCUUGGUGCCCCCAGUUGAGCCAGCACAGACCCUCUGUUCUACGCCAGGGUGUCCAGGCUGCCCACGUGCGACCACAGGCACCGUGCACUCUAACAGAGGCCAGUUCAGCUCAACCCAUAUCACUGUGCAAGGUGGAGGUGGACACAGGGAGCCGUGGACAGUCCUCACCCCCACACACUGAGCACUCUCCUGGGCCCACUCGCCACCCCUCUCCCCUGAGGAGAGCCAGUCCUAAGCAGAGCUCCAUAAUCACCAGGCAUCAUGAGCCAGGUCACCCAACCCUACGGAGCUCCAGUGCUCUGUUUCUCAACGGACUCUGCUGCUGGCCAGGCUGCGAUGCGGUAUUUGAAGAAUUUCCCAGUUUUUUUAAACACCUCCACUCUGACCAUGGCCAUGGAGACAGAAGCAUUGCACAGUGGAGGGUACAACAAGACAUGGUGCAAUACAUGGAGACCCAGCUGACUCUGGAAAAACAGAAACUCUUUGCAAUGCAACUCCAUCUGCACCUAUCUGAACACAAAUCAACUGACAUGAAGGCAGGUUCAGACUGGCCCUACAGCCACAGCCUGGCACUAGUCCUGCCCCAGAACCCAUCCCUGGCCCGGGCACCAGAUGGUAUGCCACGAUGCGCCACUAAAGAGCCAGAGGAGCUGGCGCAGCAUGAGUAUUGGCCCACUGCCGCUCCCCACCACCUACUCCCAGAUCUUGUCCCGAGUGUUGAGUGUUACAAAUACAACAACAUCAGGCCUCCGUACACCUACGCCUGCCUGAUAAGAUGGUCUAUACUGGAGUCUCCAGACAAGCAGCGCUCUCUGAAUGACAUCUACAACUGGUUCACCACCAUGUUCUUCUACUUCCGACACAACACGGCCACAUGGAAGAACGCUGUCCGUCAUAAUCUUAGCUUGCACAAGUGUUUUGUGCGAGUGGAGGGAGGCAAGGGGGCCGUCUGGACAGUGGAUGAAAUGGAAUAUCAAAUGAGAAAGGGACAAAAAUACCACAGGGAUCAUCAUGUGAAAUGGCUGGCACCCUGCUCCUUAUUCCGUCCAGAGGAACCUUGAACAUAGCCACCCCUUCAGUGAAUGAAAAACUACUGGAAAAGGAAGUCACCAGGACCUAUAACUGAAUCAGGUAUAUUAUAACAGGGCUGGAGCAAAAGCCUCCAUAGUAGCUCUCCAGGCAGAGGGUUGACCAGUCCUGGUCCACAGUAUCUUCAGUACCCAGCGUCACCUUCUUUGUUCAGCAGCAGAUGGUGCUAUAAUACAUAGCAUAGCCCCAGACUCUUUUGCCUCUCUAGACUCUCUGAUCAUGAAGAAGUGUGCAUGGCUGGAAUGGCAAUAUACUUAAAAAUUAUUUGUCAAUAAAAACACAGUGAAAAGGUGAACAAUCAUUUUGUUUUGUUUUGUUGGCUACAUAUAUGUUACAGCAAGCAAGUAUA